AGAUAUCUUACAGGGUUUUCAUGCAGGCCUGAAAAAGUCUGGAAUUACAGUGCCUUGCAAAAGUAUUCAUACCCCUUGAACUUUUUCACAUUUUUCCACCUUACAACCACAAAAUUAAAAGUUUUUUAUUGAUAUUUUAUGUGAUAGACCAACACAGAGUAGCACAUAAUUGUGAAGUGAAACGAAAAUUAUAAAUGGCCUUCAAAAUUUUAAACAAAUAAAAAUCUGAAAAAUGUGAUGUGCAUUAGUAUUCAGCCCCCAGCGUCAAUACUUUGUAGAGCCACCUUUUGCUGCAAUUACAGCUGCAAGUCUUUUGUGGUAUGUCUCUACCAGCUUUGCACAUCUAGACACUGAAAUUUUUGCCCAUUCUUCUUUGCAAAAUAGCUCAAGCUCAGCCAGAUUGGAUGGAGAGCGUCUGUGAACAGCAAUUUUCAAGUCUUGCCACAGAUGCUCAAUGGGAUUUAGGUCUGGACUUUGACUGGGCCAUUCUAACACAUGAAUAUUCUUUGAUCUAAACCAUUCCAUUGUAGCUCUGGCUGUAUGUUUAGAGUCAUUGUCUUGCUGGAAGGUGAAUCUCCUUCCCAGUCUCAAGUUUUUUGCAGCCUCCAACAGGUUUUCUUCCAGGAUUGCCCUGUAUUUAGCUCCAUCCAUCUUCCCAUCAACUCUGACCAGCUUCCCUGUCCCUGCUGAAGAAAAGCAUCCCCAUAGCAUGAUGCUGCCACCACCAUGUUUCACAGUGGGGAUGGUGUGUGCAGGGUGAUGAGCAGUGUUAGUGUGGCAGCGGGGGUGUGGUCAAGCGCCGGUCUGUGACAGGAGGGCGGAGUCAGGGAAGGUAAGUGGCAGAAUCACUACACCUGAGAGCAAUUAACCUGUGUUUGUGUGUCUUCCCAGUGACCGCACCCUAUAUGAGGAGGGAGAGCGAGAGUGGAAGGGGCUGAUCCCUGAACCAGACGCCGGUUGUGUGUGUGUCUGUGCUAGAUUGAUUAUUGUUAGACUGAAAAGUGUGGCAAUAAAGCCAAGUUAUAAACCUGAUCUCUGUCCUGCUGUCCUCUGUGCUCCACCCACACAUAGGGAGUCCUACAGUGGUGCCGAAACCCGGGAAAGUGGAGCACCAACCCAGCAGCCCCAUGGAAUCCUCCCCGUUCGCCGACCUGGUCCACGCCCUCGCCACAGCUCAGCAAAGCCAGCACCAGGCGCUCGUCACACUCUGAAAGGAACAAGACCGGCGCUUCGAAGCCCUGGUGCUGGCCCAGCAGGAAGAUCGCAAGGCGUUCCGGCAUCUCCUCGCGUCGGCGGGGCCCACCAGCGCUCCGGCCGCGGGCCCGUCUCCCCUCACUGUCACCAAGAUGGGCCCGCAGGACGACCCCGAGGCGUUCCUCACGUUGUUUGAACAGGUCGCCGAAGCCUCGGGGUGGCUGAUGGAGCAGUGCGCUCACGGGAGAGCACGGGAGUGCUCACGGGAGAGGCACAGCUGGCCGCGCUACAGCUCCCUGCCGACCGCCGGCUGGCCUACGCGGACCUCCGCCGGGCCGUCCUCCAGCGCGUGGGGCGCACACCGGAACAACAGCGCCAGCGCUUCCGCACGCUGCAAUUGGAGGAAGUCGGCCGGCCGUUCGCGUUCUGCCAGCAGCUCCGGGACGCCUGCUGGCGGUGGCUGAGGGCCGACGAUCACGACGCCGAGGGAAUCGUAGAUCAGGUGGUACUGGAACAGUUCAUCGCCUGCUUACCAGCAGGAACCGCGGAGUGGGUCCAGUGCCACCGCCCGGCGUCGCUGGAUCAGGCAGUCGAGCUGGCGGAGGAUCAUCUGGCGGCUGUCCCGACAGCAGGACAGCAGAUGACAUCUCUUCUCUCCUCUCCUCUUCUCUCUCUCUCUCUCUCUCUCUCUCCCCCUCCUCCUGUGUCCCGUCCUCGCCCCAUUCCCCCACCGCGGAGGUGGGGGCCGGCACCACCCCAGCCGGCCCGCCGCACCCGCGGUGCCCUCCCGUUUCUCCCUUCUGUGUCUGUCUCUCCCCCACCUCAGGUGAGUGAGCCCCAGAUCACCGGUGCAGAGGGAAAGCCUGGGCCGGUUUGCUGGUGCUGCGGGGAACCGGGCCACCUUCAACAGCAGUGCACAGCAAUGGAAGUGGGCGCGGUGUUUCGGAUCCCCGACGCGCCAGAGGCCGCCCUCGAUCGGGCCGGAGCGUAUCGCAUACCGACCGAUGUGUCGGACAGAGGGCUGGGGGCGGUUUUGUCCCAGGAGGUGGAGGGGGAGGACCGCCCGGUCCUGUAUAUCAGCAGGAAGCUGUCAGUGCGUGAGGGGCGCUACAGCACAAUAGAGAAAGAGUGUUUGGCCAUCAAGUGGGCGGUUCUCGCCCUCCGGUACUACCUGCUGGGGCGCCCUUUCACUCUCUGUUCGGACCACGCGCCCCUCCAGUGGCUCCACCGCAUGAAAGAUGCCAACGCGCGGAUCACCCGUUGGUAUCUGGCACUCCAACCCUUUAAUUUCAAGGUGGUCCACAGGCCGGGGGCGCAGAUGGUUGUGGUGGACUUCCUCUCCCGUCAACGGGGGGGGGGGAGUCGGCUGCAGGCCGGACAGCUGCCCGGCCUGAGUCAGGCGGUGGGAGUAUGUGGCAGCGGGGGCGUGGUCAAGCGCCGGUCUGUGACAGGAGGGCGGAGUCAGGGAAGAUUCUCCCACCUGAGCUGUGGAUUUCUGCAGCUCCUCCAGAGUGAUCAUGGGCCUCUUGGCUGCUUCUCUGACCAGUGCUCUCCUUGCUCGCUGUGUCAGUUUAGGUGGACGGCCAUGUCUUGGUAGGUUUGCAGUUGUGCCAUACUUUUUCCAUUUUUGAAUGAUGGAUUGAACAGUGCUUCUCGAGAUGUUCAGAGCUUGGGAUAUUUUUUUAUAACCUAACCCUGCUUUAAACUUCUCCAGAACUUUAUCCCUGACCUGUCUGGUGAGUUCUUUGGUCUUCAUGAUGCUGUUUGUUCUUCAGUGUUCUCUAACAAACCACUGAGGCCUUCACAGAACAAGUGUGUUUAUGCUGAGAGUAAAUUACACACAGUAGGACUCUAUUAACUAAUUAGAUGACUUCUGAAGGCAAUUGAUUGCACUGGAUUGUAUUUAGCGGUAUGAGAGGACAGGGGGCUGAAUACUAAUGCACACCACAUUUUUCAGAUUUUUAUUUGUUUAAAAUUUUGAAGACCAUUUAUUAUUUUCGUUUCACUUCACAAUUAUGUGCUACUCUGUGUUGGUCUAUCACAUAAAAUCUCAAUAAAAGACUUUUAAGUUCGUGGUUGUAAGGUGGAAAAAUGUGAAAAAUUUCAAGGGGUAUGAAUACUUUUGCAAGGCACUGUAAAACAGUAUUUAUUAUUUUCUCAAUUUAAGAGACAAGACACUAAUGUUCUUAAUGUCUUUCGUAUAUCAUACAGUAUUUACUGAUAUGUUGUAUUAACAUAGCCUCUCUAUAUCACAUUUCAGGUUUUUCAUUUUUCGUAAUGCAUUUACCGGCCUUUAAAAUCUCAAUCUGGAAACCUUGGAAAUCUUGAAAUAGUUCUGUCAUAACUACGCUCAGCCCACAUGCAAAUAGCUUAUAUUGUAAAAUAUAUACCAUAAAUAUCGACUCACAGUAAAACAUUUGUUAACUCCUGGAGAUUUUUAAUGUCUUAUUACAGAUUAAAGGUAGACUGCCUUUCAGAUUGUUCAAGUGUAGGUCAUAAAAAGAAUUUUCCCUAACAGCCAAUUAUUUUUGUUUAGUGGACCGAAAGCUACUGAAUUUGAAUCACAGACUUCCAAUUUUAUUUGCUUUUUUAAAAAUAGAAUAAUUAAUGAAUUUAGGGCCACAUGGCCCUAAAUUCUCCGCUAUUUUCUCCUGCUUCACCAUGACCCAAUUCAAGAUACUACAUCAUGCAUCAGAAACAGGAGAGAAAAAUGGAGGAUGUGAGUGUGCGAAUGAAAUGUGAAAGACCUACUACAGUAACGGAAAGUGAGAAGAAAAGACAUUAUGUUGUGAAGGAAAGGACCAAACUAAUAAAUAUCAGCAGUCAGCGAGCACCUCUGUGUGAUCAGCUGUUUGUUUAGUGAUGGAACUGUCAGUGCACGGUCAAGGUAAACUUGCGCAUGCGCACACGGAAUCCUCUGUCUGCUUGACUGCGCGAAGCAAGUGAUUUUAUGCACAUUAUUUGCUAGGGAACCCACUCAAAUUAAAUAACUUCCCAGCCACAGAAUGGCUUGUUUUUUGUCAUAGAUAUUACAAAAAUAAACAUAUAGCACAAUGGCCAAAUUUCAGAGGGAAAUACAUUUCACCAAUUUUAUGAAAUCUAAAGGCGUAUAGCUUUAAACCACAAUGCUGUUGAAUUCUCAAAUCUGAUUGGUCAGAAGGUGUUGAUUAAUUUUCUAUAACAGUAGCUCUGACAAGGAUUCUGGCUGUAAUUCAAAUCGCAGGUUUAUAUUAAUGUGCUUGUUUGAAUACGUUAUUAUUUCUAUAGUAACUGAUAACUGUAUGGUGGAUGCACCACAUAACCUAAGACUAAUAAUAAAGAGAUUACAUCUCAUCUCAUUAUCUCUAGCCGCUUUAUCCUUCUACAGGGUCGCAGGCAAGCUGGAGCCUAUCCCAGCUGACUAUGGGCGAAAGGCGGGGUACACCCUGGACAAGUCGCCAGGUCAUCGCAGGGCUGACACAUAGACACAGACAACCAUUCACACUCACAUUCACACCUACGGUCAAUUUAGAGUCACCAGUUAACCUAACCUGCAUGUCUUUGGACUGUGGGGGAAACCGGAGCACCCGGAGGAAACCCACGCGGACAACAUGCAAACUCCACACAGAAAGGCCCUCGCCGGCCCCGGGGCUCGAACCCAGGACCUUCUUGCUGUGAGGCGACAGCGCUAACCACUACACCACCGUGCCGCCAAGAGAUUACAUAUAUAACAAUAUUUAUGGAAGGAGUCUCCAUUGUCAAUGUAUCACUAAUCAGUAAGUUUUCCACAACAGGAAAUUCUUCAGGACAGAGGGUAAGGUGAUAAGCUGGACUUUUCUGUCUUAGACAGAGACAAAAAGAGAGGCCAGUAAGGGAACAAUUAUUUGUAGCUGCUAUAAAAUAAAUUACAACAGAAACUAAUUUGUUUUUAGAACAUCCAUCCAUCCAUUAUCUGUAGCCGCUUAUCCUGUACAGGGUCGCAGGCAAGCUGGAGCCUAUCCCAGCUGACUAUGGAUAUAACCUUCAGCCUUCAAGGACUCGGGCUGACUCUCAUCCACCCCUGGAGCCUGGCCACUGAGGAGCUUUUUAACCACUUUGGCAACCUCAGCCUCUGUGAUGGGCGAGUCCUCCCAAGUGCCUUCAGACUCUGUGUCCUCCUUGGACGACAUGAAGGUGGGAUUGAGGAGAUCUUUGAAGUAUUCCUUCCACUGCCAGACAACGUCCCCAGUUGAGAUCAACAGCACUCCAUCCCCACUGUCAACAGUCGGGACAGAGCACUACUUCCCCUUCCUGAGCCUCCAGACAGUUUGUCAGAAUCUCUUUGAGGCUGACGGAAAGUCACUUUCCAUGGCCUCACCGAACUCCUCCCACACCUGAGUUUUUGCUUCAGCUACUGCCAGAGGCGCAUUCUGCUUGGCCUGUAGGUACCUGUCAGCUGCCUCUGGAGAUCCACAGGCUAACCAAGCCCGAUAGGACUCCUUCUUCAGCUUGAUGGCUCCCCUCACCACAGGUGUCCACCACUGGGUUCAGGGAUUACCACCAUGACAGGCACCAACAACCUUGCGGCCGCAGCUCCGCAGGGCCACCUCAGUGAUGGAGGUAUGGAACAUGGUCCACUUGGACUCAAUGUCCCCAUCCUUCUCCGGUAUGCAGUUGAAGCUCUGCCGGAUGUGGCAGUUGAAGAGCCGACGGGAGCCUCUGCCAGACAUUCCCAGCAUACCCUCAUUACACGUUUGCACCUACCAGGUCUGUCUGGCCUACUCCCCCGCCAUCUGAUCCAGCUUGCCACCAAGUAGUGAUCACUUGACAGCUCUGCUCCUCUCUUCACCCGAGUGUCCAAGACAUACAGUCGCAGAUCAGAUGAAACGACUACAAAGUCAAUCAUCGAUCUAUGGCCUAGGGUGUCCUCGUGCCAUGUGCCCUUAUGGACACCUUUAUGCUCAAACAUGGUGUUUGUUAUGGCCAAACCAUGCAUGGCACAGAAGUCCAACAACAGAACACCGCUCGGGUUCAGAUUGGGCAGGCCGUUCCUCCCAAUCACACCCCUACAGGUCUCACUGUCAUUGCCCAUGUGAGCAUUGAAGUCCCCCAGUAAAACAAUGGAGUCCCCUCAUGGUGCACUGUCUAGUACCCCACUCAAGGACUCCAAGAAGGCUGGGUACUCUGAACUACCAUUUGGCACAUAAGAACAAAUGACAGUCAGAGACUGUUCCCCUCCUUGAAUCUCCACCUUAAUGUGGUGGAGGGGUUUGAGUGCCUCAGCGAUUCUAAGAGCUAUGUUGUCAGGGCAUUUGCCCCAGUAGGGUCUCCCAAGGCAAACAGGUCCUAGAUGAGAGGUCAGACUAAGAGUGGUUCUGAAGACCCUUAUGAGAGAAAAAGCAGGGAUCCAAGUGCCCUUGCUCAGACCAGGGAUACCGGGGCCCCACCCUGGAGCCAGGCCUGGGGGAGGGGCUCGUCGGUGAGUGCCUGGUGGCCGGGCCUAUGUCUGUGGGGCCUGGCCCAGCCCGAAUGAACAACACGGAACCACUCUCUUGUGGACCCACCACCCGCAGGAGGUGCCGUAAGGGUCUAAUUCAUUGUGGAUCGGGUGGCAGCCAAAGGCGGAGGCCCUGGCGUAUUGAUCCCUGACUGAUAAAACUGGCUUUUGGGACAUGGAAUGUGUUCUCUCUGGUGGGGACGGAGCCUGAGCUUGUGUGUGAGGUUGAGAGGUACUGACUAGAUACAGUUGGGCUCACCUCAAUGCAUAGCUUGGGCUCUGGAACCAAUUUCCUGGAGAGGGGUUGGACUCUCUUCCAUGCUGGAGUUGCCAAGGGUGAGUGGUGCUGGGCAGGGUGGGGCUAUUGCUAGCCCCCCAGUUCUAGCCCCAACUUACAUCCGAGUUCUCCCCAGUAAAUGAGAGGGUCGUUUCCCUGUGCCUUGGGGUCGGGGAACGGUCUCUGGCUGGCCUUUCUAUCAUACUCAACAUUAACUUUUACAGCCGUUUGUGCUACAGUAGCUCUUCUGUGGAACUGGACGAGAUGGGCUAGCCUUCACUCUUCAUGCUCAUCAAUGAGCCUAGGGUGCCCAUGACCCUGUCACCAGUUCACUGGUUGUCCUUCCUUGGACCAUUUUGGUAGAUACUAACCACCACACACUGAGAACACCCAAAAAGAUGUGCCAUUUUGGAGAUGUGCUGACCCAGUUGUCUAACCAUCACAAUCUGGUCCUUGUCAAAGUCGCUCAGAUCCUUCCACUUGCCCAUUUUUCCUGCUACCAACACAUCAACUUCAAGAACUGACUGCUCAUUGCUGCCAAAUAUAUUCCACCCCUUAACAGGUGCUAUUAUAAUGAGAUAAUCAAUGUUAUUCACUUCACCUUCAGUGGUUUUGAUGUUGUGGCUGAUCGGUGUAGACUGAGAAUGCUCCAAAAAAACGUCAUUUCUAACAAUUUUUCAAGUCACUAAAUAUUUAAAGGACCCAUGGCAUGGUGGUUUGUUGAUGCUUUAAAUGGGCUCGUGGAGGUUUCCGGAUGUUAUAUCCGCAGGCUUUCUCGAAAUGAACCCUCGGCACGUAGAUAUAGCCUCCUGGGAGAAAGCCCCAUUUCAGUGCUUUUCCCAGUGCGUCGUUUUGCUAAUGAGAAGCAGGAGGCGGGGAAGGGUAGAGGGUGGGGGCGGGUCUUAUCAUUAAUAUUCAUGACAUGUAAAUGUGUUACCUCUGAUUGGCUAACAGCACUGUGACGCUACCUCCAGUGGUUCAGAACAAGCAGAUGUGGGUGUCUUACUAUGGCGAGAGAGAAGGAACAAACCGCGAAGGGAAAAAUACCGCGCGCUGACAUCAUUAAGGUGCGAUGCGAGGAAAUAAAAUAAAUUCAACAAAUGUUUGGGUUUUUACUGAACAAACAAACAAAUAAAAUGAACGAGUGACUUAAAAAAAGAAUGUGGGUGUCUUUGUAAAAACUGUUUUGAUUGGCUAUUAUAACAGAGCAUGCUGCAUGCUUUUUGGUUUUGUAGCGCAGAGUACCUGGCUAACUGCAGGAAGCGGUUAGCUGCACAGCUAAUGUAGCCAUUGCAAGGCUAACGUGACACCGAUUUUAAAACACGGCAAAACAUAAGCUCAUAAGUUACAGUCAAUUUCCAGACUAAACUCAGUUUAACAGAGCAUGCUGCAUGCUUUUUGGUUUUGUAGCGCAGAGUACCUGGCUAACUGCAGGAAGCAGUUAGCUGCACAGCUAAUGUAGCCAUUGCAAGGCUAACGUGGCACCGAUUUUAAAACACGGCAAAACAUAAGCUCAUAAGUUACAGUCAAUUUCCAGACUAAAUUCAGUUUAACAGAGCAUGCUACAUGCUUUUUGGUUUUGUAGCGCAGAGUACCUGGCUAACUGCAGGAAGCGGUUAGCUGCACAGCUAAUGUAGCCAUUGCAAGGCUAACGCACCGAUUUUAAAACACGGCAAAACGACUUAACAGUUAUACACUUACUUGUUCGCUGUUUGUGGCUGAUGCGGCAGGGAUGCUUGGUAUGGACCCAGGCUUCAGUGACAGUUGAUGUGCAAAACCUGCCCUGUACUGUCCCAAGUUGUGGAAACAUUCAUCAGGAAAAUGCUUCCGACAAACAUACACCGUCUUAGGUAGACUCGACGGCGUAUUAUUGGAGUAAAUAAAAUUAAGCCACUGCGUCUUCAGGGGCUCUCCCGUCGGCAGUAAAAACAGACUCUUUUCUGUGUUGUCACAUCCAUGUACAGCGCAAUUUCCAUGUUUCGCUCACUUAGGUGAUGCCAUGUUGUGUCCUCUAUGGUCUCCUCACUACAACUGGGCGGGGCAAUCCAUACAGUGGGUGGGAAUCCAGAGGGGGGGCAUGGGGAUCAUCUCCCUUGCUGACAUAGUAAAGGGAAGAGUUUAUCAACGCGCCGUUUUGACGCGCCAUUCUCAAAUGUUGGGCAUAGUUUGGUUUACACAUUAUGAAAUUUCUAGCCACUGGGGUGACUUAAGAAGGUCAGAGGAACUCAUUUUAACGUUAAAAAAACCUCAGAAAGUGAACAUUUCAUGCCAUGGGACCUUUAAUAAUACACAUAUAUUGGUGUCCUUACAUUACCACUCAAAAGUUUGAACAUGCUUUCUCAUUCACAGUAAUGAGUAAGUGUAUCCAAACUUUUCACUGGUACUGCAUAUCUGUUAUUUGGUUAGAUUAUUACAUUUUUGAGUAUUUAAAAUAAGGUAAUUGAAAGAAUUAUGCUAAAAGCUAGAGUGCAUCUGUUACAUAAGUUAUAGUUAUUGUGUAUUGUUUCUCAUUCAGCCAUUUGUUUCUAAAUGUCAGUUCUUGAUCCUGCAGUGAAUGUCAGUGGUGUGUGUGUGUGUUGUG